AUGUCACGUGCCAUUAAAAAUGUGGUGCUUGCCGGGGCAAGCGGAAAUGUCGGGGCUCAAGUACUCAAUGCAUUGCUCGAUAUCAAGGAGUUCAGUGUCACGGUUCUAAGUCGCAGUCCUAGGCCCUUCCCAGUCGGAGCUCAAAUCAAAGUCGUUGACUUUACAUCGAUCGAGGAUUUAUCUGCGGCUCUCAUCGGACAAGACGCAGUGAUCGAUACUACUUUCUCGCCCGAUGUUGAAACUCCUCUCCGCUUGAUCGAAGCAGCAGCCAAGUCCGGGGUUUAUCGCUUUAUAACAAGCGAUUUUGGAUUGGAUCCCGAACUGCCAGGUGUCUACGACUUGCCCGUCUUUGGCCGAAAGAAAGCAUCUUACGAAGCUGUGAAAAAACAAGCUGCUGAAAAGCGCAUGACCUACACCCUGAUAUCUUGUGGUGCUUUCCUCGACUGGUGUCUCUCUACUGGUUUUGCUGGUUUGAACUUCCAAGAGAAGACAGCCUGGAUCUUCGGCGAUGGAAAUAACGUCCACCCAUGGACAACAUUGGAAGACGUCGGCAAAGCGACCGCCAAUGUCCUUUUACAUCCGCAAGAAACUUUGAACCGACCGGUCUAUAUCCACUCUGUUUUCAUGUCGCAGAACCAACUCUUCGACAUCGCCAAGGGGAUUUCAGGUGGGGAGUGGACUGCCACAUAUAACGAUAUGGAGCCCCUUUUGCAGAAGGCUUUGGGGGAUCUCAAUUCUGGCAAUAUUAGUGACGCAACUUUUGUCGUGCAGAUUCAAUACUGCCUUGCUACCGAGGCCCUGGCGCACCCUUGGAAAAGCGACGACAAUCCUCUGGUCGGAUUGGAGGAAUGGAAUUCGGAAAAGGUCAAGGCGCUGGUUCAAGAAAUUGCCAAUCAGAAGGCAGUGUGA